AUGUCUCAAACUACUGUACCAGCGACCCUUUACAUUGGAAGCCGCAUCCAAGUAGGCAACGACCGAGCAACCAUCAGAUUUAUCGGCGCAGUCAACAAUACAAAGGGAGAAUGGCUUGGUGUUGAAUGGGACGAUCCUCACCGAGGAAAACACAAUGGCACACAUCAGGAUGUGAAGUACUUCAGUUGCAGAUACCCAACUUCUGGUUCCUUUAUUCGAUUCCAUCCAGAGAAAGUCAAAACUGGCACCACAUUCAUGAACGCGUUGGAAGAGCGAUACUUAAUCAAGGAGGAUAUCGCAGCAAUACAUGAAAAGAAUUACGAUAAAUCCAAGGACAUCGGCGAACUCUAUUUUGGCGGAAACAAGCAGAUCGUGGUAGAGACAUACGGCUUUGAUAAGAUCCAAAAAGCACAAAGACAGUUGAACAAUUUGAAGGUAGUUGGACUAGCUGAACAACUGAUCUCAUCUGCAGGCGCCAACAUCAGAGACGCUCAUCUCACUAUCGAGGAUUUAGAUUUAUCUCGAAACUUGAUCUCCAACUGGGAAACUGCAUUUGAUAUCGUCUCACAACUGCCUCAACUCACCACGCUAAGAUUAAAUCAAUCAAGAUUGGCAUGUCCUCCCGUGGAUUUACAGCCCUUUCACAUCACAACAUUGUCACUAAACCAAACUCUGAUCUCAUGGCAGCACAUUGACAUACUCUCAAAAGCUCUGCCUCAGCUACAAGAUUUGCAAUUGGGUGGAAACGAACUGUCUCAACUAGGUAAAAUGGAAUUUCCAAAACUGAAAUGCCUUAAUCUGGAGGACAAUGUCAUCAGUGAUUGGAGUGGUGAGAUCAACAAUCUCAGCAGUUCUCUACCCAGUUUGGAGACACUUUACCUUAACGACAACCAAAUUAAAUCAAUCCAAAUCGCAACAAAUAAUAUGUUUCCCAACUUGCAAUUCCUCCGUAUCGAACGCAAUUCGCUCGAUAAUUGGAACAGUCUAAACGAAUUGAACAAGCUACCAAAUCUAACCAAAUUAAGAUGUAAAGAAAAUCCAAUCUUUAAAGAUUUUGAUAAAGAAUUAGAGGCAGCACAGAUUGUUGGAAGAAUCAAAAACCUAUCAAAUGUCAAUGGUAACACUUUGACUAAUAGGGAGAGAAUUGAUCUAGAACGAUACUACAUCAAAUCAUGUACCAAAGAUGGUUCUACGCACGAAGAAAUUGCAGUUAUUCAUCCCAGAUAUAAUGAACUGUGCGCUGAGCAUGGCCAGCCUGAUCUACAAUCUUCCAUCUCGCACGCAUCUACCGUACUCAAAGAUAGACUGAUCAACAUUACCCUAAGCACACGAAACGCUGCAUCUGUGGACGAGAUUAUGUUGAUUACACACAAGAAGGAUCUGCCGCCUACAUGCACCUCCAUAUCCAAAAAGUUUCUUCGCACCAUGACGAUAAGAAAUGUCAAGCAUAUGAUACAGAAACUGCUCAAAAUACCCGCAGCAAAGCAGCAACUGGUUUUAUUACAGUCAAUUGAAGAAACGAACAAUGAACGAGAUGUGAUGAUAAUGGAUAUAACGGAUGAUUUGAGAGAUUUGAAAUUUUAUGGUAUCAAUAGUGGGGAUGAGCUGCUCGUCAUAGUCAACGAUUCGUAA